AAACAUUGUUCGUUCUUUGGAGCAUAUUGGUGAGCAGUGGGUAAGGGAGCUGGCUAGUGAUCAGGUAUUUCAGUUUCCUUCCAACAUCAACUUCAUUUAAGAUGUAUUUCUAGAGACUCACACACCGACUGAAUGAUAAAGCCGGACUUUGCCGACUACUGGUUCAAGGUUCCGCCGCGCUGGGUAUUAGUUCGAGAUCUGGAGACAUAGAUGCAGUGUUGCUCGUGCCUAAUUUUGUCGAUCGUGAUGACUUUUUCAGUUCGUUUCCUUCUUGGUUGAGGAAAAGUCGAGAUAUAUCGGAGCUAGCAGCAGUUCCAGAUACGUUUGUACCGCUUAUUCGGAUAAAGGUAUCUGGCAUUCAGGUUGAUUUGGUGAUCAGCCGUCUCGCUACCUCAUACAUCCCUCGACAGCUGGAUUUUGAGCAAACUCCUGGGGAUUUGUACCGCAAUAUGGAUACAAUCUCAGUACGCAGUCUUUCUGGAUUGCACUUGGCUUACGAGCUGAACAAAAUGAUGUUUGGUCACGCCCAAUUCCUCCCACUGCUCCGCGUCAUUCGCACUUGGGUCAAGGUUAGAGCAAUUGGAUCUUACGUCUAUGGUUUUCCUGCCUCCAUUGCUUGGACAAUCAUGGUUGUGUACAUAUGCAGGCGACUGGGAGACAAUCGCAAUGCCCAGGAUGGUCGUGACCUUAUGCCUAUUCUUACUCCAGUAUUCCCUAAUAAGAACGCUGCGUUUACAGUACGUCAAGCGACUCGGAAGAUUGUCACCGAUGAACUUAUACGAGCCGAGACUAUGCUAACGUGCGGUUCAAAUGAAACCGGUGGUGGGCUUUCAAAGCAGUGGUGCAUGAAGGCUAAUUCAUUACAUACUCCUCGCCGUGAGGUGUUUCAAUUCCGAGUUUAUGUUUCAUAUCCAUGUAACUAUUUUGUUGUACCUUACUCAGCUCGUGAUAUCGUUUCGGAUGUUCUUCGUGGAUCUGGGACAUGGGAAAAGCUGUUCGAACGGUACGAUUUACGGGAUCACCAUCGUCCUGUUUGGCGUGUGGCUCAACCACCUGUAACCCCUGCCACUUCAAGUCAUUCUAUUCUCUGUCCUUCUCUUAUCAACAGGCAUUUUCUGCUGUUGACGCUACAAACCACUUCCAAAGAGGAGUUAGUUGUGGUUGGUGGCCUCGUCGACUCGCGAUUGCGAGAUUUGGCCCAGACGCUGGAGGAUGAACAGUACAUUCGAUCCGCUCGCAUUGCUCCUGUUCAAGAAAGCCCAGGAACCAAUCAAUCCAAUGCUUCCUGUAAGCAGCUCCGUCGCCAAUGGCUAAUUGGCAUGGACAUCGAGUCAGCGCCGCGGUUGCCCGACGGUACACGGUCACGACGUAAUGUGGACAUCACUGGUUGUUUGUCCACAUUCUACCAAAUUCUCCGUGAACGAGAUGCUUUCACGGAUUUUGGUGAAAAACUAACUCAUGUUUAUCUAAAUCGAUCACAAGCCAUGCAACUCAUACUAUGAUGGCGCCGCCUCCUUACAGUUCGUUGAACUUACGCAAGACUUCUCCACAGAGUACUAUAUUUCUUUUUCAAUUCUGCAAGAUUAACUCUUUGGAAUAAUAUCUGCAUUCAAUACAAU